UAAUGUUUAAAGUUAAAGACAUUAUUAAAAAGAAUUUUAAAAUUUUUCCGGGUUUCCAUUAAGAUUAAGUUGACUUUGUCAGUGUUUACCAUUGAUCAUUAUUUACAAUCGUCUUUGUUUACUUUAUUUAUAAACGGUCGUAAACGUAAAGUAAGGAAGGAGAGAUAGCUUGUAAAUGAAAUGACGGAAUGUGGUAUAUCUAUAUAUAUUAUAUAUAUUUGUGUUUUUGUUAAUUUGUUUGCGUGUCUUGUUAAUUUACGUUUACAUUUACUACAUGAUAGUUAGGCUGUUGUUUUGUAAGGAAAAAGAUAAAAAAAAAUGAAAAUAGCAAUAGAAGGUUGUUGCCAUGGUGAACUGGACAAAAUAUAUGAAACAGUUCUCAAAUGUGAAGAAAAAAGUGGUAUAAAAGUUGAUCUGCUGUUGAUAUGUGGGGACUUCCAAGCAGUCAGAAAUUUUCAAGAUCUUCAGACAAUGGCAGUGCCACCAAAGUAUAGACAGAUGAACAGUUUUUAUAAGUAUUAUUCCGGGGAAGCUAAAGCACCUGUAUUAACCGUCUUCAUCGGUGGCAACCAUGAAGCUUCUGCGUACCUCCAGGAACUUCCAUAUGGAGGGUGGGUCGCUGAAAAUAUCUAUUACAUGGGUUAUUCAGGUGUCAUAAAUAUAAAUGGGGUGAGAAUAGCUGGCCUGUCGGGCAUCUACAAAGAUUACAAUUUCCAUAGAGGUCAUUUUGAACAUCCUCCUUACGAUGAGAAGACCCUCAGAUCGUGCUACCACAUAAGAAAUAUUGAUGUUUUCAGACUGAAGCAGAUUCGCAAAAAGAUAGAUAUAUUUCUGUCCCAUGACUGGCCACAAGGCAUUUAUGACUAUGGGGACGUAGUAGGGCUGUUACAUGAGAAAAAAUACUUCAGAGAAGAGGUAGAAACUGGAACAUUGGGCAGUCCUGUCGGCAGGGAGCUCCUGUUUAAACUGAAACCUCAGUAUUGGUUCGCGGCACAUCUUCACUGCAAGUUUUCAGCCGUCGUUGGACAUCUUAAUGAAGCAGGCUUACCAGAUGGCGAAACAAAAUUUUUAUCCUUGGACAAAUGUUUGCCACAUAGAAAAUUCUUACAGAUCAUAGAAGUGCAGUCAUCAAACAAUGACGACAUCAGCAUCUCACUUGACGCCGAAUGGAUGAGUAUUUUAAAAUCAACUAAUGAUUUUUUCAGCUUGUCACCAGCUACCUGCUUCUUGCCAGAUGAAGCAAGCACAGGAAGGUAUGAUUUCAGUGCAUCAGAAUCAGAUAUGAAGGAGGUAGCCAUGGCAUUUAAUGACGAUUUCAAAGUCCCAAAAGAUUUCAGACCAACUGCUCCGCCAUUAUUGGCUACUGAUAGGCCUAAUGAACGCCAUAGUCACAUUUCUUUACUAUAUUUAAAUGAACAAACUGUUAGGUUGUGCGCCAAAUUGGAUUUGAUAAAUCCGUAUGGCACGUUUUUAAAAAACAUUGAAGAUAGAAACAGAAGUUUCUCUGCAAAUGAUAGUCAGUUGUCAGACGGUUUUCAAAUGUCUACCUCAAAUUCCUUUCUAUUAGAAAAAUCUCAAAACCCUGAUGAAAUAUCGUUGGACGAUGAGGACUGUGCUGAUGGUGAACCUAAUACUACCGGUGAUCGUUCAGUUUCUUCACCUUUCAACUUACAGAAAGCUCUGGAUGUUAGUGAAAAAUUAUUUUCAGAUGAUAAAGGUGAUACAAAAGAUGAUGGUGAUGAUAGAAUUGUUCAAAAUGAAUCAAAAGUCCGCGGUGUUAGGCGUCUUUCGGAGGAAUCAGAUGACGAAGGGAAUGUGAAUACGUCGGGCACCAAACCAGACCUUAGCUACAAGUCACGAAGUUUAAAAAGAAGAAACGUGGCGAUGUAUUCAAUUUUAAACUCAGCUCAUGAAAAUAGCGAUUAAAAAUAAAUAUUAUGGAAUUUUAAUUCGUUAUUGUUAAAUUUUUUUUUAGUAUUUUUUACUGAUUUGUUAAUGCUUGUUAAAAAUUAUAUCAUGAAAGGCAGUUGCGAUGUUUUUAAAUAAAAAAAUUUGGUUUGAUCAGUAUCAUUUGCAUUUUAUCAUAUAGUUGUUUUGUACUAUGAUACCAACAAAAAA